UCCAACUUGCUGACACUUUGCAAGUUUCACCCCGCAGCCUCUGUGUCCUAUUCGCCUCCGUUCUUGCAUUGCUUCUGUUACCUUGGCUGCUUCCGAAGGCAGCCUUUUGAAUUGAGGUGUAGAAGACUUUACCAGCUUCAGCUUUGUUCGUUUGGCCGCACGAUUGAAUCUAUUGACUCGUGAAUAUCCUGGAAUUAGUACGUAGUAUCUGUGGUUUAGUAUCUCACGUCUGAAUACUAAUUUAAUAUGUUCUUUCGAAUGUUUUCGUAUUUCUGGUUGGUAACACGAACAUUUUUUUAAAUUGCUGAUCGUUUAACAAAUAAAUCCUCAAUGCGGGGAAGAAGACCAGGAGAUUGAAACAGACAGAACAGCACAUUAAUAGACCUGAAAAAGACUCCAGUGCUGAACCCUUAAGGGCUUCUGCACCCCGGUCAGAAGACCAGUGUGAAGUGGCAGGCCAGUUUCCAUGGUUGGAAGAACAAUAUUUGUUGGUCACGUUUGCUCUUUCGUACAGUGUGAAUUGUGUGACUGCUGAAUAGAAUAUUGCCAUUUUAUUGCCUGGAAUUGGUAUCUAUUUCACACUCAACUCUGCCCUCUGUCUUUGGCUUUCUAUAUUCUUCAGAAAAAGAAUGGAUCAAGUUGCAUAUGCAAUGCACCUAAAAUUACUUGGAAAUGAAGCAUUUAAACAAAAGAAAUAUCACAUUGCACUCCAGAGGUAUGAUGAGGCUCUGCAAAUCCUUCAAUUUUGGCGACCAGAAGGAAGGGAGUUAGCUGUGCUCUUCUGCAAUAAAUCCAAUGCCCUUUAUAACCUGGGAUUGUGGCAAGAAGCUCUUCAAUCUGCUGACUGGGCUACUGCCAUGGACCAUACUUAUAUUAAGGGCUACUACUGGGCUGGAAAUUCUUCACUGAAGAUGCGUAAUAAUGAGCUGGCUUGUCGUUACUUCUAUGAAGGAUUAAGUCUCUUGGAUGGAGCUCGAGGCAGAAAUCAGAACCAGAUUGCAGAUUUCAUUGUUGGAAUCCUAAUAGCUAAUGGGACGGAUCACAGGACUUUUGAGAUCCUAAAAUGGAAAAGUUACAGUUCCCAGAUUUGGCAAACAGUUAUAGAAAAAGCUGCAUUAAAAAAUUUAUGGAUGGCUCUUUAUCUUGCAGUUUGCGACUGUAAAUGUAUCCCAAGAAACAACUACAGUGCCAAAGAAAUUCAACUUAAGAACUUAUUUGGGUGUGUCCCUCAUGGGGUUGAGCCAUGUACGUGGAUAACAAAACUUUUCCGUGCCUUAGUGACUCAGCAUGCAAACGUCGAGAGUAUUGGACCAUUUCCACUUCAUUCCAUCCUCAAACUUGCCAUAAGGACCAAUGAUAAAAAACUCUUUAAGUGGAUUCUAAAUCAAAAACCAUCCCUGACCAACACAAUUAACCAGAAGGAUGAAGAUGGCCAAUCACUUUUACAUAUAGUGGCUUCUUGGAACACAACGGAAAAUGGAUAUGGUCGAAAUUGUCAGACUGAAGAUGUACGCACACUCCUACAGUUAGGAGCUGAUCCCAGCAUUCCUGAUAGAUUAAACCAGCUUCCAGUUGAUUAUCUGCAGAAAAAUAAAAACUUUGUAGCAGUGGAUUUAAUCAAUGAACACUGUACAGCUUUCUCAGCAAACCCAGCAUUCAAAGAAACAGCAAGCCAGGUGGAGGAACGUAUGUCUGCUUUUCCUGCUGUUACAUUGGAGGAGGCUGCUGCACAACUUAAGCAGUUUUGUGACUCACUUGACACAGAGAGGCCAUGCAAAAACUUGUUAGCCGAAAGACGAGUUCAAGUGUUUUUGCAACAGCUCUUCACACAGACAGAGAUUAGCACAGCCACUUUAACUGACUUGGACCCUAAAUUUGUAACCAACUUGGUAAAACAACUUCUUCACGAAUGUAAAUGGGAUGAAGCUUUGCGCCUACUGAAUGUGGGAUCUAAUGAAAUGCAAACCAAAGAAGCAGUUUUGAGAUACGACUUCUCAGAUCUGAAUUUGUGCACAAUUAUAUGCAAUCUUAACCAGCAUGACAACAAAGAAGUACUUCUGCAAAAAUUAAUAGAUUUUGGAGCUCCUGUCCGUGGAAUUGGUACUGAAGUAUCUCCAAUGCGGUUUUCGUUGGAAAAGGAUGAUUUCAAGCUUGUGCAUUUCUUGUUGAAAAAUGGGGCAGAUCCACAAGAUCUUAGUAUAAUGCCAGGCGACACUCCUCUUCAUGCUGCAGUUUAUAUUGUUCUGGACAAAAAGGAUGAGUUUGGCUUGCACAUAUUGAAAUAUCUGUUAGAGAACUACAGCUCUGAAUCGAGCGUUCCAUACCUCAACUCACAAGAUAAGGAUGGAAAUACUAUGUUGCAUAUCAUAUUUCAGAAACCGUUUUCAAAAAAUCAUGAGGAAAUAAUGGAUAUGAUAACCAAGUUUGAAAUCAAUGACAGGGUGAAAAACAAGGAUGGGAAGCUAUUUUCCUACAAAAUUAAGAAAGAAGACCUGCGGAUGAUUGCGUGGAAUAAAGUGAAAUCACGUAAUCGAAAGAAAAGAGAACAAAAUGACCAAAACCAGAAGGCACGGACAUCAAAGGGUAUGAAAAAUGUAAUACGCGUUAAGUGCCUCUCUCAUCAGACAAUGGAAAUGCCAUGCACCCAGCAUUCUCAGGAGUGUGAUGUUAAUAGUGCCAGUUCUCAAGCAGUACAAGGACAGUCAUUAAAGUUAUUGAAUGAAGAGCAUGUUUUAUCUACUCAGCAAAUUAUUGCGAAUGAAAUUGUAAAAUUGAUUCAACAAUUUCAUGUCAUUGAGACAACAGAAGAACACCCUUUAAAAAUGUCCCUUUCUGAUGGCCAGCUGAGUGACUCAACUCAGGCUUUGCAGGCCAAGUCUGAAGUUCUCAAAGUCGACCUUUAUCAAAAUGCUGUUAAUGUUGAAGCUGUAAUGUUGAAUGGGGCUGGUGAUACAGAGCAUCCAAACCUGAUACCAGAAGAAGUGACCAAGUUACAGGACCUGGAUUUUGAUAAUAUGACGUGGGAGAUUGAAUGUACAUCAGAAGUACUGAAGAAGCUUAGCUCCAGAGAUGUACCUCAGCACAUGAAGACGAAAACUAUAAAAGUGAUUCAACAACUUGGCAAUGGAGAAUGGACACAAAGCCUCCAGAAACCACUCAAGUACCUGAAAAGCCCCAUGAAACUUUAUGAAGCCAAACUUGACAAAGGGGCACGAAUGCUAUGGGAGCUUGCAGUGGACUUUUCACCCCGCUGCAGUGAAAAACCAGAGAAGAUCUUUGAAUCAGAGCUUUCUUCCCAUCCUCAGGAACGUGUCACAGGAAGGAUAUAUAGUGAGAUCAUUCGAAUCUGGGAUAUUAUCCUGGAUCACAAUAAGGUUGAUCGAGCCUUGACAGCAAUUGCAAGUUCAUACAACCGCGGCGCAUCCUGCAGCCUCCGGAAGAAACUUAAAGGUAUAAGCAAAGCUGUAUUUACCUCAAACUUAAAUGCCCAAAGGAAGAUCCCAUUGAUCUUUGUAGAAUAUGUCAAUUGGAAAGAACUGAAAGAAAAGCUACCAGAAUACUUCCCACCUGCCAGUGCAGUAGAGACAGAAUAUAACAUAAUGAAGUUCCAUAGCUUUAGUACUAAUAUGGCUCUUAAUAUCAUUACUAAUCUGGAAUCCAGGGUUGAAUAUCCUUUCAGAGUGGGAGAAUUGGAGUAUGCAAUAAUUGACCUUGACCCCAAACCAUUGGAAGCAAUCAUUCUCAUUGGACGGAGUGGAACUGGGAAGACCACUUGCUGUCUGUACAGACUUUGGAAACAUUUUCAGCUCUACUGGAAGAAAGUAGAAGAGGUUGGCAGUCCCCUGCUGGUGCGAGAGCUUUGGCUUAAGAAGAAAUCUCAGGUUGACAGUGAAAAGGAUGAAGCAGUGAUUGACACAUCAGAUUGCGCCAAUGGGGAGAAUGAUUUUGAACGUAAUGCACAAAAUUGUGACUUGCAUCUGAAUGAAGCAUCACUUACUACUUGUGACAGUGAAUUGACACAUGAUCAUGAAGAUGAGCCAGAAGAUGAUAUUGGUAUCAACCAACUUGAGCACUUGCAUCAAAUUUUUGUCACCAAAAACCACGUCUUGUGUCAGGAAGUCUUGAAAAACUUUAUUGAGCUUACCAAGUCCACCAAAGCCACAAACCAUUUCAGGCCUCCUGAUCUCACAUUUUAUAGACUUCAGGAUAUUAAUGACGAGAAUUACCCCCUAUUCAUGACCUCUAAACAAUUGUUGCUGUUGAUUGAUGCAUCCUUGCCAGAACCCUUUUUCCCCCGGAAUGAAGAUGGCAGUCUAAAAAGGAACAUUGUGGGGUGGUCUGUUCAAGAAGAGAUGACAAUACCAGAUUUGCAUGAUGAGGAUGAAGAAGAAGAGCAUGAAGGAGAGUUUCUAGGUGAUGAACAAAUAGCUGUAGAGGAUCACAGCAAAGAAUUUGAUCCUCGUAUCUUUGUUUCUUACGAAGUAUUUGUAUGCGAUAUUUGGCCCAAAAUGGUAAAAGGAAAACCACAGUUUAAUCCAGCUUUGGUGUGGAAGGAGAUCAAAUCCUUCCUAAAAGGUUCUGUUGAGGCUUUAAAUAGCCCUCAAGGCUGUCUAACAGAGGAACAGUAUAUUAACCUGGGGAAAAAAAGAGCACCAAACUUCCGUGAAGACAGAACAGAAAUCUAUUCCUUCUUUCAGAUGUACCAGCAAAUAAAAUCACAGUGCGGAUACUUCGAUGAGGAAGAUUUGUUGUACAGCCUUUCCUUGCGACUGUCCAAACUAGAUGAACUUCCAUGGUCCAUUCACGAACUGUAUGGUGAUGAAAUACAGGAUUUUACACAAGCAGAGCUUGCCACCCUCAUGAAGUGCAUCAAUGACCCAAAUUCUAUGUUCCUUACUGGUGAUACAGCUCAGAGCAUUAUGAAGGGUGUGGCUUUCCGCUUUAGUGACCUGCGUUCUCUGUUUUAUUAUGCCCGUGAUUCUAGUCAAAGCAAUAAGAAACAGUAUCAUGUAAAAGUGCCAAGCAAAAUAUAUCAGCUACAUCAGAACUACCGGUCACACUCAGGAAUCUUGAAUUUGGCUUCGGGUGUGGUGGAUCUUCUCCAAUAUUAUUUUCCGGAAUCCUUUGAUCGCUUGCCGAGAGACACUGGGCUCUUUGAUGGACCAAAACCUUCACUGCUGGAAUCCUGCAGUGUCAGUGACUUAGCUAUUUUGCUUAGAGGAAAUAAACGGAAAUCCCAGCCAAUAGAAUUUGGAGCUCAUCAGGUUAUUUUGGUUGUGAAUGAAACAGCCAAGGAUACAAUCCCAGAGGAGCUAAGUCUUGCACUUGUUCUGACUAUAUAUGAAGCUAAAGGUCUGGAGUUUGACGAUGUCCUCCUCUAUAAUUUCUUCACUGAUUCUGAGGCUGAUAAGGAAUGGCGGGUCAUCUCUUCCUUUCAACCUUCACCUCAGUCAAAAGGCCACCAAGAAGUGCUACUGGCUCAAUCUUUGGAUGAUAUCAUUCCUCAAAGCAGGCCUCUUGCAUUCAAUUCAGAGCGGCACAAGCUGCUGAAUUGUGAACUAAAACAGUUGUACACAGCCUUCACAAGAGCAAGGGUGAACUUGUGGAUAUUUGAUGAAAACAAAGGAAAACGUGCCCCAGCCUUUGAAUACUUCAUCAAAAGACAUUUUGUCAAUGUUGUCAAAACCAAUGAAGAUAAAGAGCUCGAUGACAGUAUGUUUGUUAAAACUUCGACAAAACAAGAAUGGACAGAAAGAGGCGACUACUUUGCAAAACAUCAGUGUUGGAAGGUUGCUGCCAAAUGCUAUCAGAAGGGUGGAGAGUUCGAAAAAGAGAAACUAGCACAAGCUCAUGAUGCUGUUCUCAAUGUACAAGUCAAGAAAAAAAGCUCAAGGGAAAUUCAGAUGGAAUACCUUCAACUGGCUAAGACUUACCUGGAGUGCAAGGUUCCAAAACUCUCGCUGAAAUGUUUGAGAAAUGCAAAGGAGUUCAAACUCUGUGCAGAAUUGCUUGAGAAAUUAGGAAAGGUGGGAGAAGCAGCUGCCAUGUACAGACGAGCUCAGUGCUACAGACAAUCUGCAAGGUGUUUUGAACAACUGUGCAAUUUUGAAAUGGCUCUCAAAAUGCUGUAUUGUGGUGAAUUGUAUGAAGAAGCCGUACAGGCUCUGUUGAGGUAUGAAGCAAUACUUUGUGAAAAGAAAGAGCCUUUUACUAAACUUCCAUACUCUGUGGAUCAGUUCCGGUUAGAAGCUGCUGCAAAGUAUCUGAGGGAGAACAAACUCACUGAAAUGAUGGUGCCUUUGUCUCUGCUGGACCUUGAAGACCAGCUGGUUUUCUUAAAGUCAAACAAGUGUUGGCCUCAAGCAGCGGAGCUUCUGAAAAGCUGCGGUCGAGCAGAGGAAGCUGCUAUGUUAAUGCGGGAGCAUGGAAGGCUCCAAGAAGCAGCAGAGCUUUCAAAUAAGGAGGAAUUUCAAGCCGAAUGUCUUGUUGCUGCAGCCCGAUUGAGCCUAAUGAAACAAAGGAACAAAGAAAGAAGUACAGUAGAAAAAUCAGCUGUCCAGGAAAUGCUGGAUGAAGCAACUACCCUCUUGAAAUCUGUAAAAAAGCACUCCUCUAACAUAGCAGAAGCUAUGCUACUGAAAGGGCUUCUGAGGGAGGAGACUGCUCUGAUUAAAGAAGCUUUUGAAUUGUUUGCUUAUGAAAAUAAUGGUGCUGGAGCUAUGGAAAGCCUAUUUUAUUUAAUGCAGAAAGACACUCUGGUUUCGUCGUAUUUUGAACAAUCAUUAACUUGUUUGGAGUUGUUGUUGAAGUUAAUGAAAGCCCUUGAGAAUCCACAGAAUAAUGCUCAGAAAGAGAUGGUGAAAGCUUGCUAUGCAUUUUUUGGAAUUUUACCAGAGAAUGUUAAAUACUGCAGAAUCCCAGUGUAUGAGGGAGUAUGGUUCUUUGAACUAGUUUUUGACCCAGAUCUUAAUGAGAAGCAAGGCAGUUUUUACCUAUGUGAAAUGAAAGAAAUUAAAACCAUGUUACAGAAGCAUUUCUUGCUUCGCCUUUGUGACUUUGCUGGAAAAAUCAAGUCAGCAGGACAAAAUAUUCCAGAUGUUUGUUCUAGGUUUAUCUGUGGCUUGCCCUGCGGGGUGGAGUCCUGUCCAGAUUUACAUAAGAUUAUGAAAAGGCAUGAAGCAAAACGUUCUCUUGAAGCUAAAGUGUAUCUGACAGUUCUGAAUGGGAUUUUGCUCGAAGCUAAACUUCUCUGGCCUCAAAAGAAUUUUGCAGACGUUAAGAAAAUUGAAGAGAUCCUCACUGAAGACCCUUAUGCUGUAUGCACCUCAAUGAUGGAUGCAGUUUACCCAAAACAUUUCUUUCGCAGCAUUAUAUCUGCCAACCCUGCUGCUUGCCAUGAGGUCCUGGGAUUAGUUAAAAAAAAUAAUUACCAAAGUUUCAGGUCUGUACUGAAGGCGUACUUGGAUCACUGCUUUAAAUGUUCCUCAGUUCAGAAGCGAAGAGAAUCAACAGAUUUUUGGUUUCAUGUGCAACAAGUGUAUCUUCUAACUUCUGACUAUGCCAAGAUUGAAGAACUCCUCUCUAAGGAAGAGCAAGCAUAUGAAUCUGAACGAAGGAAAUGUGAUAGGUUCACAGAUCAUCAAAGCAAAAGGAUAAAACAGAGAUUUCCAAAUGGCAAGCUUGGGAUGUUGCCGACCAACACAAUACAUCUGUGUAUUUUCAGACUGCUGUUUAUGUCUAUGAAAUAUUUCUAUGAAUGCUCAGACCCAGAGCAGUGUGUUCAUAAUUUUUUCCGGUUCAUGAAUGUGCUCGUUAGAAGAUGUGUGGAACCUGUCAUCCCCAGUAUUGCCAACACUGUCAUGGUCCUUGAAUUCCAAUUCAUUUUAUGUUCUUGUAUCCUUAUGCAUCUUACAAAGAAUCUUGUUGUUUAUCUUCCAAGAAGCUUUAUUGCUCUUCUCCAUUAUUGGAACUUCAUGUUCAAAGGACAGUUCAGACAUACAAAGCCAAAAAACAUUUUUAGCAUUAUAAAUGACUAUAAACCAAAGGAAGUGCCCAAGGUGGUUAACAGAAUGAGGCGACAUUUGUCCUACCUGGCCUCUGUCUUGUGUGGUAAACAGAGCAAAGACUUCAAUGUUCUUCUGGAUGCUUUCCAUGAUCCAGACUAUAUUUCCUCAGGAGAGGCAGAGAGGACAGUGGUUCUUUGCCUGGUAAUGUUGAUCAAUGCAAGACAAGUUCUAGAACCUUGGGCAACAGAAAUGAUAAGAAAUAACUUCUGGAAGGUGGGAAAGACGCUGAUAGAGUUCUCCCAAUGCCAUCAGUCAAAGAUUCCAGCAAGAUUAAGAGAACUUAUUGAAAAAGUUAAUGGAGCACAAAGUGUUAAAGAUGUAGUCAGCGGUCUUCAAGAGUUACUGAAUAAAAGAGAUGAUGAGAAUUUACAUGACUGCAUUUGGAAAUGGGACCACUAUUCUGUCCCUGGAUUUGUGCGAGGUAUUUAUUUUCGAAGCCUUCACAUUGAAAAUUUUACUGAUGAAUAUCAAUCAAAAAAUAAUGAAAUGGUAGCCAUCCCAGAUGAAGAUAUUGCUGCUGAUGCUGCUCAAUAUCUUGAAGAGAAAGACGAUUGUCUACAGGAUGUGGCUUCUCAAUUGCAGAAAGCAAUUGUGAAAAAUAAAUGGCAAAGUUUACUACAUGUGAUUAGUGUAUGCAGAUAUUUGCUAACGUUGAAGACAGUUUCAGUUAUAACCCAGCAAAUGGAAGAGGUUCCCAGCCACUUCAGAGAAGCACAUGUAGAUGAGACACAGUGUGAUAUUUGUGGAGUAAAGUUUACAAGAAAUGCUAAAGGUUUUGCUGAUAGCCAGGAGCAGGAAUUUGAAGAGACCUUUGAUCAGACCGCAGAAAACUGGGAAGAAACUGAAAAUGAAGAACAUGGUGAAGAUUUAUUCUUGCACAAACAUUUUGAAAACCAUAUCAGACAUGAAGAACACAAGAGGAAAGAAGCUGUCUAUAAAGUUUACUUGGACUACUUCAGAAGAUCUGUGGAGCCUAUCAUGGGCAAAGGCAGAACUGUGCUCUAUUGUCUUGAGGAAGUGGCGGCACAACAUUUGACAUCAAAAGAAUUUACAAAAGUGAUGUAUGGAAAACUGAAGAGCAGUAUGGAUGUAGUUGUAGAUUUAAUAGACAAUAUCUACAACCAAAAGAUCUGGACAAAAGGUGAAGAAAUAUUGUCACUGAAAAUUGAAAGCCUUCAGAAAAUUGUAGAUGGGAUUGACCAAUGGCAGAAGCAAUCUUGCUACCUGAACGAUGAUGGGCUUGAAGCUAACCAGAGUACAGCUGAUUUUCAAGGUAUUGAAGAUGGUCAUGAAAAUUUUGAUGAACUGUGCUCCAAGAAGAAAAAGAAGUCCUCAAAAAAGAAAAGGAAGCAUUAAUUUGGAGCUAUGUACAAUGAUUGAGGGUUUGGGGUAUCAGUCAUUUUCCAUGUAAAUACAUAAUUCUGCAUUUAUUGAAAAUAUAUUAUUGUAUAUUGAUUAGAACUCUUCUUACCAAUUUAGCAAAGGCCAGGUUUUCUUCCUGUUUACCAAUAUCUUUACAGCAUUUUUCAUAGUAACUUUUUCAUCAUUUUUAAUUAUCGUGUUCUUGGAAUUCUGACGUGAUGUACAGUUAAUAUAUCCUUAUGAAAACAUUUUGUAUCAAUGUGUAGAGUAUCAUUGUUUCGAUAGGCGUAAACUUCUCUAAUUUUUAGUGGACCACAAGACGUAUCAGGUGCAAGAAUUAAUGCAUUCCGAUAUAUACCAGAAGUAAAAUGUAAGCCUGAAUUGCUUUUAUUGAGUAUUACCUCUAAAUGCUAGGGCCUCCUAAUGGCAAAAUAGAGUUAAUAUGUUCUCAACUGUUUUAAAGGUUUUAAUUUCUUGAUACAAAUGUUAUAAUUGCUGUAUUGAAAAUUUUAUAUUGACUGGUUUGAUGAAAGCAUUGUAAAUUUAUCAUUUAAGUAUGAUUAAUUGUUUCAAGUGCUUUUGCGUACAAUUGAAAAUUAUAUAUUUAGGUAGACAAUUUGGACCAAGAUCAACAGAGGGCUGAUUCCCUUACAGAAUAUAGAGCAAGUGUUGUAUGCUAUAAAUAAAGUAAUGAUUUGUUUGGCUGGUAGGUCAAGUUGGGGUCCACUUGAGCACAUCAGUUGAGUCAGUCAGUUCAGGUACCACAACUUAAGAUUUCAAAUUGCAAUAGUAUAGUUUAAAUUAUGCUAUUUAAGAGUAGGCUAAUAAGCAAACCUGAUCACUGGCACAGAGCUUUACUCUUUUUUUGAAAGAUUGAUUCCUUUCAAUAAAUGUCAGUAAGUAACAUAUUUCCUGGUCUCCAAUCAUUUAAGACAUUUUUACUCAUAAAACCAAGAGCAGAAAUUGACCGUUUGGCCUAUUUAGAACCUUUACUAUUGAAAUGAGAACUUUUCAAGACAUAGAUGAUUCCUUUUGCAUUAUUUAGAAUGUGAUUACAAAUUUGUUGAUUACUUGUUGAAGAAAAUUUUUAAAAAAACAUGAAGUCAAGCUGAUUUCCAAAUGCUGAACAACCUUUGAAAUAGUUUUUGUCCUUGAAAGUAUCUCCUGAAGCUCCAGUUUCCUCCCACAUUCCAAAGAUGUAUGGUUAGUAGGUUAAUUGGUCACAUGGAUGUAACUGAGCAGUGUGGGCUCAUUGGGCUGGAAGGGCCUGUUACUGUAAUGUAUCUCUAAAUAAAAAUAAAGAUUUCAAGGAAAACAAUUACCAAAUAAGUUACUGUGCAUCUAGGUUAAAAUAAACAAUUUUAUAUUUUAACAAUUUUUUUCCAGGAAAUGGUGAGCAAAGUUUUUCACCUGCUGACAAACUUUUUUCUAGAAGGCCAUGUUAGUCUUUAUUUUUGUUAAUAUUUUUAACAAUUGUUCUAAAGAUUUUGAUCUGUAAAAUGUAAAAAUUGAAGUAAAACAUUUUUCACCAUGUUUAAUAUUGCGUCACUCUUUACGUUAAUGUUUAAUAUGGGACAGUACGGUUCUCACGGUAAUGUAGGGACAAGCAGAAUGCUCAAUAGCCCUGGCGAUCAGGUUCAAUUCCCAUCAUUGUCUGCAAGGGGUUUCAUCCAGGUGCUCCAGUUUCCUCACACAUUCCAAAGUAAGUUGUGAGCAUGCUUUGUUGGCACAGAAAACAUGGCAACACAUACAGGUUGCUCCUAGCACAUCCUCUGGCUGUGUUGGUCAUUGAUGCAAGACAAACAUUUCACUGUAUGUUGUGAUGUACAUGUGACGUAUCUUUAAUUAAGAAAAAAAUUAUACAACAUGAGAGUUGCUAUCUAGUGAGUGAUUUAGGGGCAAUUAUCCAGUGAUUUUCCUUGAAUUAGAUCUUAUUUUUAACAUGGUUUACAUGCAGUUCUGUUCUCAAUGUUACAGAUGUGUUGGGUCCUCUCUGUACUGUGCCACUAUCACAGACAAUUUUACACAUGAGAAUAUGCCUUGCUAUAAAACCAUUAGGCACAUGAAUAUAAGCCAUAUACGAAUAAUUAGGCCAUUUGGCCCAUCAAGUGUGCUCUACCAUUCCAUCAUGGCUGAUUUAUUAUCCAUCUCAAACCCAUUCUUCUGCUUUCUCCCCAUAACCUUUGACACCUUUACUAAUGAAGAACCUAUCAACAACCUCUGCUUUAAAGAUACCAAUGACUUGACCUUCACAGCCAUCUGUGACAAUGAAUUCCACAGAUGCACUGCACUCUAAUGAAAGAAAUUCCUCCUCACCUCUGUACUGAAGUAGCAUAUUUCUAUUCUGAGGCUGUGCCUUCUCGCCCUAGACUCUAGGUGUCAUUGAAUCCUGCACAAGAACUCCAAAGUCUAUUAGCAUCUCUGAUUUCUGAAUUUGCUUCCCGUUUAGAAAAUAGUCAACGCCUUUAUUCCUUCUACAAAGUGUAUGACAGCACCCUUCCUUACAUUAGAUUUCGUGUGCCCGUUCCCCCAAUCUGUCUAAACCUCUGCAGAAUCCCUGCUUCCUCAACACUACCUCCCCCUCCACUUAAUUUUGUUUCAUCCACAAACUUGGCUACAAAGGCAUCAAUUCCAUCUUCCAAAUCAUUGUCAUAUAACAUGAAAAGAAGCAAUCUCAAUACCGAUCCCUGUGGAAUACCGCAGCCAAACAGAAAAGGCCCCCUUUAUUCCCACACUUUGUAUCCUAUCAAUCAACCUAUCUUAUAUCAUGUUAGUAUAUUUCCUGUAAUACCAUGGACUCUUAUGUACCAACCUCAUAUUUGGCAUUUUGUCUAAGGACUUUUAAAAAUUCAAGUAAAUAUUCACUGUUUCUCCUUUGUCUAACCUCCUGUUACUUCCUCAAUGAAUUCCAACAGAUCUGCCAGGCAAGAUUUCCCCUUAAAGAAAUCAUGCUGACUUUUAUUCCUAUUUUAUUAUGAGUCUCAAAGUACUCUGAAAUUUCAUCCUUUAUAAUGGACUCCAACAUCUUUCCAACUACUGAAGUCAGGCUAACUGGUCUAAAUUUCCAGUCUUUUUCCUCCUGUCCUUCUUAAAGAGGAAAGAGACAUCUGAAAUUUUUCAGUCCUCCAGAGUCUAGUGAUUUUUGAAAGAUCACUGCUAACAUGAUUCUCACAAUCUCUUCAGUUACCUUUUCAGAACCCUGGCUGCUGUACAUCUGGAGCAGGUGACUGAGCUAUCUUAAGACCUUUCAGCUUCUGAAACACCUCCUCCUUAGUAAUAACACCUACACUCACUUCUACCCAAUAAUACUCUGGAAUUUCUGGCAUACUGCUAGUGUCUUCCAUAGUGAAGACUGACACAAAAUACCUAAUAGGUUUGUCUGCCAUUACAACCUUUCCAGCAGUUAUUUUUCAGCAGUCCAGUAUCCAUUCUCACCUCUUUUUUACUCUAUAUAUCUGGGGAAAAAAAUCAGUAUCUUCUUUUAUAUUAUUGGCUAGCUUACCUUCAUAUUUCAACUUUUCUCUCCUUGCUGCUUUUUAAGUUGCCUUCUGUUGGUUUUUAAAAGCUUCCCACUGUUUUUUGCUGUACUAUAUGCCCUUAUUGCUACUAUGUUGUCUUUGACCUCCCUUGUCUGCUACAGUUGUCUUCUCUUUAGAAUAUUACUUCUUUGGGAUAUAUCUACCUUUCACUGUGAUACUGAUACAUCUGAGUUUAGCUUUGCACUUUGAAACUGUAGGGUGAAUUCUAUCAUAUGAUCCCUCCUAAAGGUUCCUUUACCUUAAGCUCCCUAAUCAAAUCUGGUUGAUUGCACAAUACCCAAUCCAGAACUGCCUUUUCCCAGUGGGCUCAACCACAAGCGGUUCUAAAAAAAGCCAUCUGGUAAGCAUUUCACAAACUCCUUCUCUUGGGAUCCAGCACUAACCUGAUUUUCCAAUCUACCUGCAUUAUGAAAUCCCUCAUGACUGUCGUAACAUUGCCAUUUCUACCUCCCAUUGUAAUUUGUAACCACUUGCUGUGCUAUUUGCAGGCCAAUAAAUAACUCCUAUCAUGGUCUGUUUACCUUUGCAGUUUCUUUACCCACAAAGAUUCUAAAUAUCCAAUCCUAUGUCUCCUUUCUAAGGGUUUAAUUUCACAUUUUACUAACAGAGCCACCCCACACCUCGGUCUACCUGCCUGACCUUUUGAUACAAUGUGUGUCCUUGGAUGUUAAGCUUCCAACUUCUCAGCUUCUUUCAGCCAUGGUUCAGUGAAUCCCACAACAUUAUACCUGCCACUUUCAAACUCUGCUGCUCUGGAUAAGUUUGCUUAAUCUGAACUGGGGUGUUUCACUUCAGAAGGUCAAACUCGUACAGUAAAUGGCAUGUCUCUUAGGAGCAUUGGUUUACAGAGGGAUCUUUGGGUUUAAUCUGUAACACUCUGAAAAUGGAUAUGUUAGGUGGAAAAGUAAGCAAAUGGCAUACUUGUUUGAGGCUCAUUAGAGAGAACUCCAUAAGUCAUUAGCAAAGUUCAUACAUAGGAUAGCACUGAAUAUAGAGUUGGGAUAUUAUGUUGCAGAUGUGUACAUCAUUGGUGAGGCAGCACUUGGACACGUUUGGUCACCUUACGGGAAAGAUGUGGUUAAACUGGAAAUAAUGCAGAAAAGAUUUGUGAGUGUGUUGCCAGGACUAGGGGGCCUAUCAUAGGGAGAGUCUGGCCAGACUAAGUCUUUGUUCCUUGGCAUGUACAAGAAUGAGGGGUGAGCUUGUAGGUUUAUAAAAUUAUGAGAGGCAUAGAUAAGGAGGAUGGUAGCAGUCUUUUUUCCAGGGUGAAAGAGUACAAAACUAGAGCAGCAUCCAUUUCGGGUGAGAAGGGUAAAUUUUAAAAGGCACCUAAAGGUCAAGUUUUUCCACAUGGGGUGCAGAGUAUAAGUUGCUCAGAGAAGUGGCUGAGUCAGUUACAAUAGAAUAACUUUAGAAGUAACUGGAUAGAUAAUGCAAGAGCAGAGGGAUAUAGACUGCAGGAAAUUGGGAAUAGAUGGGUGGGCACCAUGGUUUGCAAAGACCCAUUGGGCAGAAGGGCCUGUAUCUACUGCUGAGUUACACUAUCAUGGAAUUGAAGAUUUGACCUUUGGCAUCUCCAUGCAUGCAUUAUAAUUAUCGUAGACUGAUUAGCAGUCAUCUGAGUUGUGACAUGCACAGGCACUGAGGCUGCUCUGAACAUAUCAGACAUCAGUCAGAGCACAAUACCUGGUUUGUUACAAUGUUGUAGAAUAUUUGCAGCAGCAAUGGAAACUGGGCAGAUUGGUAAAGGCUGCAGACUGGUUCAUGCUGAGCAAGAUCACCCCAUCCAAGCUAGCUCCAUUUGGUCCAUUAUACCUUUCAUGCACCUGUCCAACUGUCUCAAAAAUUGUUAUUGUACCUGCCUCAACCCUUCCCUCAGAGAGUUCCACAUACAUACCUCCCUUGCUUAAAUAAAAGCAAAAUUAUCCCUCAUGUUCCUAUUAAUUUUUCCUCUCUCACCUUAAGCUCAUGCUUGUUAGGAUUUGAUUUCCCCACUCCUGCAUGCAUUCACCCUGUCUAUUCCCUUCAUGGUUUUAUUCACCUCUGUAAGAUCAUCUCUUCUGCUCUAAGCAAGGAAUCAAAUCCCAUCAUGUCUGAGUUGCUGCCUAGGAGUCUACCAGUGAAGCAAAUGCUAGUGUCUUCGUGGGUGGUCCUGCUUCUUACAUAAGUGAUUCUUUCUUUAGUUUGUGAGAGCACCAUUUCACAAAGCCUUUCAAUUCGCUGGUGGAGAGAUGUGAUUCUUCUGCCAUUGCUCAUUUAGUACCCAAAAGAAAAUCUGUCCAAAAUUGUACAGGCGCCAAUGAGGAAAGUUCAAUCACACACUGUUUUAUGAAAUCCAUUGCAGCAAGAGAUGUCAUUUUAAAUUUUGUACUACUUGCAAAAUUUUUGGAAAUAAGAACUUAAGUUCUCAUUACAUAUUGCAUUCAUAUGUGAAAAACAUGAAUCUCCCAUUGCUCUUGUAAUGGUCCCAACACCGGCCAUUUCCAUUGCAUAUUUUCAAGUGUUGAAGAAUGUCUAGACCAAUAUUGGCAAUUGUAUGCUGAACAUUUGUUUAGCCAGUCUGGAAAUUCUGUAAUGUAAUGGGGCUUAGCUUCUCAAGUGCAAGUUGCACAGUCAGAUAAAUGCAACGAUUGACUCAGCACUAUGAACUGGAAAAAGAAAAUAAAGCUG